AUGAUUUUCACGUUACGUUCGCGCGGCACACUCGCGUUUUGCUUCUUGUCGCCAAAGUUGAUCUCCAAAGUCCAGGUGCAAGACGUGAGAUGUCAGCGUCAUCGCCUGCGUAAACCUGCUAAAGCCGUGAAUGCUGUCAAACAUGACGAGCUGAGGAGAAGGCUGCCGUGCUGUUUGGAUCGGAGCAGUGUGGAGCUCAUGGAGAAGCCUGCACCUUCAGGAAAGUCUCAACUGGAGGAGGAAGAUGGCCCUGUGCAGAUGUCACUAUUUGUGUCUUGUAGUAUUCACAACGCAGUGAUCGCUGUGUUCCAGAAGAAGGAUCUGGGAGAAAAUGAGCUGUACACACUAAACGAAGGCGUCAGGCAGCUGCUGAAGACAGAGUUGGGCUCUUUCUUUACUGAAUACCUCCAAAACCAGCUGCUGACAAAAGGCAUGGUCAUUCUUCGAGACAAGAUACGGUUUUAUGAAGGUCAGAAGUUACUAGACUCCCUGGCCGACACCUGGGACUUCUUCUUCUGCGACGUGUUGUCCAUGCUGCAGGCCAUUUUCUACCCUGUGCAGGGUAAAGAGCCAUCAGUUCGACAGCUGGCCCUUCUCCACUUCAGAAACAUCAUUACUUUGAACCUGAAGCUGGAUGAGGCCCUGUCCAAACCACGAGCCCGCAUCCCGCCCUCCAUCGUCCAGAUGCUGCUGAUCCUGCAGGGGGUCCACGAGUCCAGAGGGGUGAGCGAGGACUACGUGCGUCUGGAGGGGCUCAUUCAGAAGGUGGUGUCUCCUUAUCUGGGAACUCACGGCCUCUUCUCCAGAGAUGGUCUGUCCGGGUCCCACUGCUCCUCCUGUCUGCUGGAAAAGCGCCCACAACCGUCACGGCCCAAACCUGUAAACUCUCCCAUGGCCAAGAAUGCGGUGGUGCGCUCCAAAAGCUACAACGUUCCCAUGCUGACGCCGCUGGUGGAGUGUGAGCCUGACCCGUCCUCUGCCGGGGUGGGGGCAGGAGCGAUUCGCAGACAUUCACUGUCCGACAUGAGCCUCUGCCUGGAGGAGAGCGCAGGGGAGACUGCAGCUAUGGGACCCACCACACAACCAGAGCAAGCCGACAAUUCCCCUACACAGCAGACGUCCAGACCUCAGUCCAGACCACAGUCCAGACCACAGUCCAGACCACAGUCCAGACCUCAGUCCAGUGCAGCAGUGGAGGGUGAUGGGCCGUUCUCUCACCUGCCUCCCUUCCCCUCUGAGGCUGCUGUGGCCCAGGACACCAGCGCCGGCCCCAGUCCCAGCUCCAGCCUGGACACGGAUCCUGCGCUCAGCCUUGACUCCGAGAGCGAACCAGACGGCAUCUUCCUCAACUUUACACGCACACCCACCAGCCACAGCAGCGCUAACCAGAGUGUGGCCUGA